AUGCUGACCCCGCCGUCUAGAGGAUUUCUCAAGGUCCUGUCACUAAUGUGGACUGGUCUCGUCCACAUUUUCCCGGACGACCUCGACGCCCGGCUAGAUGCCUGGGUGUUCCCCGGUGGACGACCGUCUAUAUUCUCUCACUGGUCCACUCACGGGGUCACUCCCGUGCAAUGUCACUCACACAAUGACUACUGGCGGCCCGUCCCUUUCUUCUCAGCCAUCAAAGCGGGCUGCAUCGGUGUCGAGGCGGACAUUUGGCUCUCCGGAGGGGAUCUUCUCGUCGGACAUAACCGCUUCACAUUACACCACGCCGCUACACUGCGCAGCCUGUACCUUGAUCCGCUGCUGGAUGUUCUUGAGCGGCAUAACACCCGCUCCAGUCGGCUGCAGCCCGACAGAAAUGAGAAACUAGCGGGUGUGUUUGCUCACGAUCCAUCCCAGACACUCGUUCUUCUCAUCGAUUUCAAAACUGACGGCAACGAUACAUGGCCUUACCUGGUCGACCAGCUUGCUCCGCUGCGUGAGGCAGGCUACCUUUCGCAUUUCGAUGGGGUUGAGAUGGUCCAGCGUCCGGUGACGGUCGUACUCUCGGGAGAUGCCCCUUUCCAUUUGAUUGCGGCGAAUAGCACCUACCGCGACAUAUUUCUCGACGCGCCGUUGGAUAAAUUAGAUCAAAGCACUUCAGAAAACCCACAAGGAAUAUCGGCUGCAGCGGCUGAUUAUAACUAUACAAACAGCUACUACGCCUCCGUCGACUUUCGCAAGACGAUCGGACCGCUAUCCCGGAACCGCUUCUCGCAGGAUCAGCUUGUUCGCGUCCGAGAACAAGUGGCAGCGGCUCAUGACCGCGGCCUCAAAGUCAGGUACUGGGGGACUCCGACGUGGCCGCGGGGCCUGCGGAAUCAUGUCUGGCAUGUUUUGGUUCGGGAGGGGGUGGAUUAUAUCAAUGUGGAUGAUCUGGCUGAGGGGACGAUGCAGGAUUGGAGGAAACACCGCAGUUGGUGGUUGUGA